AAAAGCACCUGACGAGCGGAUUGAUGGACGAGUGUCAUGGUUCGAGCCGUGAAAAUAGUGAUUUGGUUUCCCGUCCUGGCCAUCGCUGACCUCGGGGAGAUGGCGGACUCGUGCGUCAUUUCAGAGAAACAGAAGCAGAAACUGUGAGAGAUCGAAUGCCUAAAGAUUCUCUGCGAAUCUCUGCGAGUUGGCUGGAGUGUGCCAGCGUGGUUCCCAUAAUCCCUGAACCUGUGAAUCACGUCCUUUUGCCAAACGUCUUACGAGAGAUCAGCCUCAGCCCCUCACAAAGACGAGCAAGAGAUGCAACUUCACAUCCGACAAGUCUCAGAUACUUUGCCUCGAUGAGCUCACCGGCCAUAACCCCACUCUGCAAAGAGUCCAAGGUUUGCUGUCCAAACUCGCAGUGUGUUCCUGGGCUGGAGACCUUCAGCGGUUGCAAGGCAGAGCGAGGCCCCGUGCGCUGCGAUGCCGCCGAGAUGUCAUCCGGCUUUCCUCUGAAAAAUGGUAUUUGCCGUUGCGCUGAUGGCUAUUCGUGUGAAACUGGAAAAUGCAUACAACUGACCCCAGGGGUUCAGCCGCUUCCGCCAUUGGAUCGGAGCUUGCUAGAGGUGCACAGAUACCGGAAAGCUGCUGCGAUGAAUUGGGCUCUCUUAACCCUUUGCUCUCUUCUGUCGCUUGUGAUGGUAGCUUGGGUUGCCCGGUGUGCAGUUCGACUCUGCUCUCUUGAGGAGGCUCCUCAAGAUGAAAUGCGAACUGGGCGACGCAGUGAAGUUCAAGGCCUUCUGCAUGGGCUUGAGGAUGGGACCGAAAAGAUGGAGUUUUGAAACGAGUGCUUCUGAAGGUUUCACUCAGAGCUUUUACAAAAGAAGCUCGAUGAGCUUGAUGUUUUCUUUUUUUUUGUCUGGUGCUGCUGAGCUUCUUAUCUCCAAGUGCAACCACGGCAACCGCAGUAGACAAAGAUCUUACUUUAUGAACAUCUGUUUGAAGUCUAUUGGUUGAUUCUGCAACGCACACCUUUCUGUAGAAGCUCCAAUGUCACAGGGCUAAGAAUUAUGUAGCAGAAACCAUCGCAAAAGGCGAUUUGCAUUCUGCUGCUUCAAGAGCCGCACUUUGGGAGGAAGUUGAGGUUCUUUUGAUGCCA